GUGAGUACCUUAGAUCUCUGGCCACAGCAUGGGCGACGGCAUCAGCUGCGCCGGCAUAUGGCCAUGCUGGGCAGUCCCAUCGUAGGUGAUCGGCGGUAUGGCGGUGCACAGAGUGAGGAUGCAGAGGCCGAGCCUGAGGAUGCUGAUGAUGCUGAGGAAGCGGGGGACGUGGGAUUGCUAUAUCUCUGGGCCCUGGAAAUCUCCUUCCCACAUCCUGAUCAACGAGUGGAUGAGGAGGGAACCAUCAGAGCCGAGCUGCCAGAGCCUGCGAUGUUCGCAGACUUCCGGAGGACAUGUGGACGACCAGUCGUGGAAGCUGCGUGUGAAAAGUUGUGAAAAACA